GCCAGCCUCUUAUUCUAAGUUUUGAUUUUUCUAUUGAAAGUCUCAAACCCUAUUGUAACUUGCCUGGCAAAAACGAUCUAUCAAAUGUUAGAGUUCUUGAGAUUUAUAGGAGAGAUCGAUUUUCUAUUUUAGAGCAAGACUGGAACACAAGGAAUAUUGAGAUUUGGGUGACAAAAGAUACGAUUAAAAAUGGGGAUGGAGAAUCCGUAGAGUGGAUGAAGUUCAUGAAUGUGCUAGUUCCUAUAUGGUCAAAUAUAGUAGUUGACGACUUAGAAAGACCAAGUUACUUCAUCGACGAGAAAAGUAAUGGUCUCGCAUUGUGUUGCAUUAAUAAAAACGGAAAUACGUGUAUUUAUAUUGUCAAGGGAGAUAAGUUUCACGAAAUUGAAAUAAAUGAGUUGGUUGGGUUUGGAACUCGUCAUCUUACAUACUAUCCGAGUUUCGUUCCACUUCCUACUGGGGCGAACGAUGCCAAGUCCCAUUUUGCAUUCCCCAGAGGAGUAGAAGCGACCAAUGGAGUUGGAGAAAACGAAUGGGACGAUGGCUUCUUCGAUAAUGUGAAGAAAAUAAGUGUGGGACAAAGUGAUACUGGCGUGGCCUUUGUCAAAUUUGAUUACUCCAACAACAAGGCAGUUGUAAUCGGAGCCGUUCACGGGAAUGCAACACAUAUUACAUAUGAUGACGUUUUAAUCGAUGAUGAUGACUACAUUGAAGCUGUCGAGGGCACCUACAACGACAACUACAUUACCUCCCUCACGUUCCGGUUGCACAAGAGAAAAAUAGCGCCCCGAUAUGGACCCGAGGAUGGGACGCCAUUUGUGCUCCGAGGAGGAGGAGGCAGGAAGAUAAUCGGGUUUUACGGAAGAAACACUGAUGUCUACCUCACCGCUUUCGGUGUCCAUCGCAACGUCCCCUUCUAGAUUUUUUAUUUCCUACCAAACAUUUAAAAAUAUUACUGCAUCAUUAUUUAUAGUGAUGUUUAAACAUAAUGUUAGAAAGACUUAUUAUUUUACCAUUUUUAUUUGUAGCUAGCAGUGAAAUUAAUAGAUAAGAUGUAUUUUCAUUACAGAAAGGCUUUA